AUGAAUACGGUCAAAUCAUUCUGGCUCGGCUGGGGUUCUCUUUGCGUUGCCGGCGGAGGCGCAUACUACUUCGCGAAGAAGAGCAUCAACGCCGACCGAGCAGCGCGCUUCGAGGAAUCCCAACGAAAGAAGCGCAUGGUCGACUCUCUCGAAUACUCCAACAACGUCCCGAGCCGACCCAUGUCCGCGUCCGCGAUGGGCGGUUCGAUCGGCAGCAGUGCCAGUGGCAACGGAGGCAAUGGGACGCCAGCCCGGGACGAUACCGCCGGCUCGCCGAGCCAAGAAGCGAGCUACGAUCCUGCCCCGACUAGACAUGCGCCGGCGACCGAAGGGCAGAGGGUAGUGGAGAAGAGCAAAUACGAAAGUAAUCAGCCGUUUCGGAGUCCGAAAGGCGAUCGCUUUUCUUGA